AAGAAGAAUCCGAAGAAGAAGAAGAAUCCGAAGAAGAAGGAUUCCGUUUGAACGGCGGAGUAGCAGCGGAGCAGCAGCGGAGCAGCGGAGCCCAACACACCGACGACUUGAAACCACUGCGCCGCCGAUAGUCGGCUAAAUCACGGCCGCGGGAGGGAGCGCGCUGCCCCGUGGAGGAGAAAGCCGUUAUCUUCCUGCAGCUCCGCCGUUACUGGUUCCAGGCUCAGCGGGCACACGACUGGAGCUAUUGCCGUUAGCCUCGGCUCCUCUGCGGCUCUGGGGGUUCUGGUAGGGGCAGAGGGGCGGGGGAACACCGAGAGGCGGCGGCUGGAAGUCUGAGACACUUCCAGCCUGAAGGGGCCGGUACCUCGGCCACAGCAGCCCGGACUAGCAAGCUUGUACCCACGCGGCUAAGUGAAUGGGAUGGAGCCGGGACCGUCUGGCGCUGUGCCCAUGGGGGUCUUCCCUCCACCGCUGCAGCAGGUGUUCCAAGCCCCGCGCCGGCCAGGAAUGGGCACCGUGGGCAAACCCAUCAAGCUGCUGGCCAACUACUUUGAGGUGGAGAUCCCAAAGAUGGACGUGUACCACUAUGAGGUGGACAUCAAACCUGACAAGUGCCCGCGGCGAGUCAACAGGGAGGUGGUGGAGUACAUGGUGCAACACUUCAAGCCCCAGCUGUUUGGAGACAGGAAGCCGGUGUACGACGGCAAGAAGAACAUCUACACGGUGCUAGCGCUGCCCAUCGGCAGUGAACGGGUGGAUUUUGAGGUGACCAUCCCCGGCGAGGGUAAGGACAGAAUCUUCAAGGUGUCCAUCCGUUGGCUGGCCAAGGUGUCAUGGCGCCUGCUGCAGGAGACUCUGGUCAGUGGCCGUCUGCAGGUUCCCCUCGACUCAGUCCAAGCUCUGGAUGUGGCCAUGCGUCACUUGGCCUCUAUGAGGUACACUCCAGUGGGUCGUUCGUUUUUCUCCCCACCUGAAGGAUACUACCACCCGCUGGGUGGAGGCAGGGAGGUGUGGUUUGGCUUCCAUCAGUCUGUGCGUCCUGCCAUGUGGAAGAUGAUGCUCAACAUUGACGUGUCGGCCACGGCCUUCUACAAAGCCCAGCCUGUGAUCGAGUUCAUGUGUGAAGUUCUGGACAUUCGUAACAUCGAUGAGCAGCCCAAGACCCUGACCGACUCUCAGAGAGUCCGCUUCACCAAAGAGAUCAAAGGCGUGUGGUCAGGUCUGAAGGUGGAAGUGACUCACUGUGGACAAAUGAAGAGGAAGUAUCGCGUUUGUAACGUCACCCGUCGUCCUGCCAGUCACCAGACGUUUCCCCUGCAGCUGGAGAGCGGUCAGACAGUAGAAUGUACAGUGGCUCAGUAUUUCAAGCAGAAGUACAACCUGCAGCUCAAGUAUCCACACCUGCCCUGUCUGCAGGUGGGACAGGAGCAGAAACACACCUACCUGCCACUGGAGGUGUGUAACAUUGUAGCAGGGCAGCGAUGCAUCAAGAAGCUGACGGAUAAUCAGACGUCCACCAUGAUCAAAGCCACAGCUCGUUCUGCACCAGACAGGCAGGAGGAGAUCAGCAGGCUGAUGAAGAACGCUAACUUUAACCUGGACCCGUACAUUCAAGAGUUUGGGAUCAAGGUGAAAGACGACAUGGCUGAAGUGACGGGCAGAGUCCUCCCUGCUCCCAUCCUGCAGUACGGAGGACGGAAUCGUGCCAUAGCUACCCCCAACCAGGGAGUGUGGGACAUGAGGGGGAAGCAGUUUUAUAACGGCAUCGAGAUCAAAGUGUGGGCCAUCGCCUGCUUCGCUCCACAGAAACAGUGCAGAGAAGAGGUGCUCAAGAACUUCACUGACCAGCUGCGUAAGAUCUCCAAGGACGCUGGGAUGCCAAUCCAGGGUCAGCCUUGCUUCUGUAAAUACGCCCAGGGAGCGGACAGCGUGGAGCCCAUGUUCAGACACCUGAAGAACACCUACUCUGGUCUUCAGCUCAUCAUCGUCAUCCUGCCUGGGAAAACUCCCGUCUAUGCGGAGGUGAAGCGUGUGGGCGACACUCUCCUUGGCAUGGCCACCCAGUGUGUUCAGGUGAAGAACGUGGUGAAGACGUCGCCUCAGACUCUGUCCAACCUCUGCCUCAAGAUCAACGUGAAGCUGGGAGGCAUCAACAACAUCCUGGUGCCUCAUCAACGGUCAGCAGUGUUUCAGCAGCCUGUCAUCUUCCUGGGAGCAGACGUCACUCAUCCUCCUGCUGGAGACGGAAAGAAACCCUCCAUUACUGCUGUGGUAGGCAGUAUGGACGCUCACCCCAGCAGAUACUGUGCCACGGUGCGAGUGCAGAGGCCGCGGCAGGAGAUCAUUGAAGAUUUGUCGUACAUGGUGCGUGAGCUGUUGAUUCAGUUCUACAAGUCGACUCGCUUCAAACCCACCAGGAUCAUUUUCUACAGAGAUGGUGUUCCUGAGGGACAACUGCCACAGAUUCUUCAUUACGAGCUGUUGGCGAUCAGAGACGCCUGCAUCAAAUUGGAGAAAGAUUAUCAGCCCGGCAUCACCUACAUCGUGGUGCAGAAACGUCACCACACUCGCCUCUUCUGUGCCGACAAGUCUGAACGAAUUGGGAAGAGUGGGAAUAUUCCUGCAGGAACCACAGUGGACACCAGCAUCACUCAUCCCUUUGAGUUUGACUUCUACCUGUGCAGUCAUGCGGGCAUACAGGGGACCAGCCGACCGUCUCACUACUACGUCCUCUGGGACGACAAUCGCUUCACGGCGGACGAGCUGCAGAUCCUCACGUACCAGCUGUGCCACACGUAUGUGCGAUGUACACGCUCAGUGUCCAUCCCCGCUCCCGCCUACUACGCUCGUCUCGUGGCCUUCCGCGCUCGCUACCACCUGGUGGACAAAGAACACGACAGCGGCGAGGGCAGCCACGUGUCCGGUCAGAGUAACGGUCGGGACCCGCAGGCACUGGCCAAAGCCGUUCAGAUCCACCACGACACCCUGAGGACCAUGUACUUCGCCUGAGCUCCACCCACCACCGUCACUCUACCAUCAAACCCCGCCCUCCACCCUCAUGAGUGGGCGGACGACCUCCACCCACUCCUCCACCACCACCACCUCAUCCCCAUCCCUUAUUCCUGACGACUGCCCACUAAACCUGCUCCACAGAGCUGCCACUCAAACAUGUGCCCCUCUUCCCUGUGAACCACAGGCAGACUCUGCAGCCUCAUGCACUCAAAGGUUAUGAAUAUUAUUAUUGUUGUUGUUGUUCUCAUUACUUUACCAGGACUGUUGCUCUUUUUAUGUUGAAUUUUUUUUUAUGUUGUAUUAUUAUUAUUAUUAUUAUUAUUAUUAUGUAACUGUAUCGUACACUAUCGUCACACUGCGAUGUGUGUAAAUACGCAAUACGGAUAAGAGGAAGACAAAAAAAAAGGCAGGAAGGAAACUUUUACCUGCCGCGUCAAAGCUGCCUCUUCAUCCAUCGCAACGCAGGAUUACCAGUGUUCCAAAACCCUUAAAGGGACAGUUCAGGAUCUGUGGUUGUAGGAGAUGCCGACACACAGUCGGUGCAGAACUAUGGAUGAAAUCUACAUCUAUGACAUCUAUGUUUACCUCUUUAUCUCACUGUUACACAGACUUUUACAACAGGAAAGUGAAGUCUGUAAAGCACUCACUC